UUUUCUUCUCCUUCUUCUCCUUCUCCUUUUACUUGAGAGAGCUCAAGUAAAUUGCUCUGCCAUUGUGGUGCAGCGACCCAAACCCAAGAUUUCGUGCACACAAGGCCUGUGGCCUACCACUCAGCCACCUUCUCUACCCUGAAUUAAAACCAUUUUUUGUAGCAGGCCUCAAUCGUUUGCAAUUCUACUACUACCAGAAUAUAUAUGUGUUGUGUGUGUGUAUAUAUAUAUAAUUAUUAUUAUUAUUUUAAUUCAGAUAGAGUGAGGAGGAGAGACACCACAACUUCCUCUGGGUGUAUUCUCCCACGUGAUGGCCAGGGGCUGGAACCCAGGGUACAAUAUGUACUGGAUGAGCCACCUCCCAGUCCCUGAAACACAACAAUUAGACAGCAUUUACAAAUUUAUUUAUUUAUUGGCUAGAGACAGAAAUUAAUAGGAAAGGGAGAGAGUGACACCUACAGCACUGCUCCACCACUCAUGAAGCUUCCAUCCAGUAGGUGGGACUUAGACUUAGGUCCUUGUGCACUAUAACAUGUUCGUUCUGCCAGGUGCAUCACCACUUGGCCCUAGACCAGCAUUGUUUUUUAAUUAUUUAUUUUCCCUUUUGUUGCCCUUUUUUUAAUUGUUGUUGUAGUUAUUAUUGUAGUUAUUGAUGUCAUCGUUGUUGUUGGAUAGGACAGAGAGAAAUGGAGAGAAGAGGGGAAGACAGAGGAGGAGAGAAAGAAAGACAGCUGCAGACCAGCUUCACUGCCUGUGAAGCUACUCCUCUGCAGGUGGGGAGCCCAGGCUCGAACCGGGAUCCUACCACCCAACUCCCUAGGCCAGCAUUUUUGAGUACAGAUCCCAAAGGUUUGUACCAUGGGUGACUCAGGCUUGAGAAACCCAGGGGAAGGGGCACACAGAAUGUAGUGUGGAGGCAAACCUGGCCAGACAGAGCCAGGUGACAGUCACACCUCUGAGAACUGAGGACCCAGGUGGGACAGCAGGAUCCCUGGAAGACACUAUCUGCUUAACAGAAUGGCAGCAGGAGGGGCCAGGCAACAGACCAAAGGCUUGGCUAGGGUGACCACAGUGCUGGAGUGCCUGCUGGAGUUUGACCUCUGACAACACACACACACAUCUCCCCAAAUCCUGGCCCAGGCCACUUGCCCUGGGUGAAUGUCCCUUCCUUAGCAUCUUGUCACUCAGUCAUUCAGGGUGGUGGAAUCUCCCUGGUUUCCAGGCUGAGGGACAUACAGCUCCACAGGGGUCUGCAUGGGGCAGGGCUGGCAAAGUCUAUCCACAGCUGGGAUGAGGGUGGCCUUUGCAACCACAGAAGAAUGAAGCUUCCUAAGGCCAGAGCAUCCGGAUGCCCCAACCAACCAACCAAUUAACCGUUGGGCCCAACCAGGAAGCGUGGGUCAGAACCCCUGGGAGGGAGUGGUGACUGCAGAGGGUAGCCCCUCCCGGGGCAGAACCCACUUCCUACUUCACCACACAGGGUAGGCGGGAGAGCUGAGCACCAGCACAGGAAGGUUGGGGGGCCUGCCCUACACUGCUCACCCUACCAUGGAAGAUGAGGAGGGUCCCUCAUGCGGCAAAGCUGACUUUGUGCUCCUGGACCAAGUGACCAUGGAAGCCUUCAUGGAGAACUUGAAGCUCAGGUUUGAGAAAGGCCACAUCUAUACCUAUAUUGGCGAGGUGCUGGUGUCGGUGAACCCCUACCAAGAGCUUCCCCUGUAUGGCCCUGAGGCCAUCGCCAGGUACCAGGGUCGUGAGCUGUAUGAGCGGCCUCCUCACCUCUAUGCCGUGGCCAACGCUGCCUACCGAGCCAUGAAGCGCCGCUCCCAGGACACCUGCAUCGUCAUCUCAGGGGAGAGCGGGGCCGGGAAGACAGAAGCCAGCAAGCACAUCAUGCAGUACAUUGCUGCUGUCACCAACCCCAGCCAGAGGGCCGAGGUGGAGAGGGUCAAGAACGUGCUGCUCAAGUCCACCUGCGUGCUGGAGUCUUUCGGCAACGCCCGCACCAACCGCAACCACAACUCCAGCCGCUUUGGCAAGUACAUGGACAUCAACUUCGACUUCAAAGGGGACCCUGUCGGGGGCCACAUCCACAGCUACCUGCUGGAAAAGUCUCGGGUGCUCAAGCAGCACGUGGGUGAAAGGAACUUCCACGCCUUCUACCAGAUGCUGAGGGGCUCAGAAGAGGAGGAACUUCAAGAGCUGCACCUGCAGAGGAACCCUGCUCUGUAUAAUUUCACCCGCCAGGGGGCAGGGCUCAGCCCCCUGGACAGUGACGAGAAGAGCCACCACCAGGCAGUGACAGAAGCCAUGCGGGUAAUCGGGUUCAGUGUGGAGGAGGUGGGCUCAGUGCAUCGGAUCCUAGCAGCCAUCCUACACCUGGGAAACAUAGAGUUUGUGGAGCUGGAGGAGGGUGGGCCAGAGCAGGGGCACCUGGCAGUGGCUGCAGAGGAGCUGGUGGACCAUGUGGCUGAGCUGACUGCCACACCACGGGAGCUGCUGCUGCGCUGCUUACUGGCUCGCACUGUGGCCUCCGGAGGCAGGGACCUCAUUGAGAAGGGGCACACUGUGGCAGAGGCCAGCUACGCCCGCGACGCCUGUGCCAAGGCAGUGUACCAGCGUCUCUUUGAAUGGGUGGUAGACCGUAUCAAUAAGGUCAUGGAGACCCAGGACCGGGACCCACGGCGUGAUGGCAAGGACACGGUCAUCGGCGUCCUGGACAUCUAUGGCUUCGAGGUGUUUCCUAUCAACAGCUUCGAGCAGCUCUGCAUCAACUACUGCAACGAGAAAUUGCAGCAGCUCUUCAUCCAGCUCAUCCUGAAGCAGGAGCAGGAGGAGUAUGAGCGAGAGGGCAUCACCUGGCAGACCGUGGAGUACUUCAGCAAUGCCUCCAUCGUGGAGCUGGUGGAGCGGCCGCACCGGGGCAUCCUGGCCGUGCUGGACGAGGCCUGUAGCUCUGCGGGUACCAUCACCGACCGAAUCUUCCUGCAGAGCCUGGACACACACCACCGCCACCAUCAGCACUAUAGCAGUCGUCAGCUCUGCCCCACAGACAAGACUAUGGAAUUUGGCCGGGACUUUCGCAUCAAGCACUAUGCUGGGGAUGUCACGUACUCUGUGGAGGGCUUCAUUGACAAGAACCGAGACUCUCUGUUCCAGGACUUCAAGCGGCUGUGGUACAACAGCAAGGACCCUACCCUGCGGGCCAUGUGGCCAGAUGGACAGCAGGACAUCACCGAGGUGACCAAGCGCCCCCUGACUGCUGGCACAAUCUUCAAGAACUCUAUGGUGGCCCUGGUGGACAACCUAGCCUCCAAGGAGCCUUUCUAUGUCCGCUGCAUCAAGCCCAAUGAGGACAAGAUGGCUGGCAAGCUGAACGAAAGCCACUGCCGCCACCAGGUCUCCUACCUGGGGCUGCUGGAGAACGUGCGGGUCCGCAGGGCUGGCUUCGCAUCCCGCCAGCCUUACCCUCGCUUCCUGCUCAGGUACAAGAUGACGUGUGAAUACACAUGGCCCAACCACCUGCUGGGGUCAGAUCGGGCAGCAGUGAGCGCACUUCUGGAGCAGCACGGGCUGCAGGAGGACGUGGCCUUCGGGCACAGCAAGCUCUUCAUUCGCUCCCCACGCACCCUGGUUGCACUGGAGCAGAGCAGGGCACGCCUCAUCCCUAUAAUCGUGCUGCUGCUGCAGAAGGCGUGGCGGGGCACGCUGGCGAGGCAGCGCUGCCGGCGACUGAGGGCAGUCUACACCAUCAUGCGCUGGUUCAGGAGGCACAAGGUGCGUGCUCACCUGGCCGAACUGCAGCGGCGCUUCCAGGCCGCUAGAGGGCCCCCGCUGUACGGGCGGGACCUGGUGUGGCCUGAGCCCCCCGCAGUCCUGCAGCCCUUCCAGGACACCUGCCACGCGCUCUUCUGCAGGUGGCGGGCCUGGCAGCUGGUGAAGAACAUCCCCCCUUCAGACAUGGCCCAGAUCAAGGCCAAGGUGGCUGCAAUGGGGGCCCUGCAGGAGCUGCGCCAGGAUUGGGGCUGCCAGCGCGCCUGGACCCGAGACUACUUAUCCUCUGCCACUGACAACCCCUCAGCCUCAAGCUUAUUCACCCAGCGACUGAAGACACUCCGUGACAAGGAUGGUUUUGGGGCGGUGCUCUUUUCCAGCCAUGUCCGCAAGGUAAACCGCUUCAACAAGAGGAGAGACCGGGCUCUGCUGCUCACUGACCGGCACCUCUACAAGCUGGAGCCGGGCCGCCAGUACCGAGUGAUGCGGGCGCUGCCUCUGGACACUGUGACGGGACUGAGUGUGACAAGCGGGCGGGACCAGCUGGUGGUGCUGCACGCGCGGGGCCAGGACGACCUGGUGGUGUGUCUGCACCGCUCGCAGCCGCCGCUGGACAACCGCGUGGGGGAGCUAGUGGGCGUGCUGGCGGCGCACUGCCAAGGGGAGGGUCGCCCCCUGGAGGUGCGCGUAUCCGACUGCAUCCAGCUGAGCCAGCGCGGGGCGCGCCGUCUGGUGUCUGUAGAGCCGCGGCCCGAGCAGCCCGAGCCGGACUUCCGCUGCAGCCGAGGCGCCUUCACUCUGCUUUGGCCCAGCCUCUGAUUCGGCCCGUUCCAUACCGGGGCUCCCCGGGGAUCCUCCGUCCAAGCCCCGACUCGAGACCAGUGGACAUCCGCACGGCCAAUCGGCCCAGCAUGCCAACCGGGGCCCCUGCAGGAGGUCUGGAGGCCGGCGGGGUGGAGCAGCAAGAGGGGCCCCCUCCAGGCACUAUGAUGAUGUCACCCCAGUGCCUCCCAGCCACCCCCCCAGCCCUGAGCCCUCCCAGCACUCCCUCCGCACCCCACCCCCACCCCCCGCUGUCUCAUCUGCUCCUUCCCUCUGUGGGUCUCUGAGUUCAUGGGGCUCAUUGUUGGCCUGUGGCCCCGUUAGUGGGAAGGGAGUAGGCAUCUUUCUGCUUGGCAGGGUUAUCCUCAUUUUGCAGGUCUCUGUCAAGCUGCUCUGCACCCACCUCGCUGAUGUCAACUCCCUCCCCGGCUCCCUGGCCGAGCCAACAGGUUAAGGAGGUGCGGGGGGAGGGGGGUUACUCGCAGUCCUGAGUACUCUGAGAAAAGUUAGGUGGGCCCUCACCUUUGCCUGCUUCCUCCCAGAGUUCCACGCGGGGACUCUCUUACACACCCCUAUUUGGGGGUCUAGCCUGUGGGGUCUCCUUACCCAGCACAAUUUCCUCCAGCCCGCAGGGAGAAAGGUCAUGACUGCCAGAUGACCUGGGAUCCCGGGGUUGAGACUUCAACCCUGCUCACCCCACCCCCACCCCGCAGAGGUGGAGGUUGUGACAUGCUAGGAAACGACUGAGCUCCAGCCCCAUCUCAGGCCCACCACACCCUUAUGUGGGUGCCCUGUCGCUCCAUGCUCCCAGCUGCUGUCAUGCCGUCCCCGCCCCCACCCCCACUGCUAAACUCUGGUUUAUGGUGGUGGGGGUGGGGGGGGACUGAGCCUGGGACUUUGGGACCUCAGGCAUGAAAACCUUUUUACAUAACUAUUGUGUUAUCUCCCUCACUCCCACCAGCCUGUCUGUCUAUUUUUUAAUUAAAAAGAAAGGGCUGGUGGAGUAGCUCACUUGGAUAGUGUGCUGCUUUGCCAUGUGCUUGACCCAGGUUUGAGUCCUGACGCCACCACGCUGAAGGGAGUGUCGAUACUGUGGUCUUUUUCACUGUCUUUCUCUGUUUCUAAGGAUGGGAGAGAGGGUCUGCCAAGAGCUGUGGAGUACAUAGGCACAAAGCCCCAGUGUGGCAAGAAUAAAAGAAAUUUUACAAUCCCUA